UACCUCUUUUACAGCUGCUUCUCUCUCUUCCCACCAGAUGUGAUUCAAUCUGUAGGUGCCAUCUCGACCGAAAAUGGCACUGAUGAGAGCUGGGCGAAGAUCGCCACCAUUUCAGCCAGAGCCCCGUGGGUCCUUCACGGCUCAAGGCUCAGCAGCACGCGGAUCACAGAGGUGGAGUCGCAGAAGGAGGUGUACAGAGCAGCCUCCAGCAGCAGCGAGGAGCUCAGCAGCCUGGCCUUCCUGGAUGCCAACACGGCGGUGCUGUGCUGCGCGGCGGGGCGGCUGUGCGUGGCCGAUAUUCGGCAGCGCGGCCCCUUGCAGGCUCUGCUCAUCCCCUCGGCGCAGUUUGGGCGCUGCUGGCGCGCGGCGGCCGCUUGCUGUGAGCCGAGCUCCCGACCCAUCGCCUGCCUGUCGAGCGCAGGGCAGCUGGUCCUGAUGGACGUAAGGAAAACCUCGCCGUGUUUGGCUUCAGCCCGAUGCGAAGUUCCACCAUCCGGCUCCAGCGCCGAGUUCCUGUGCGUCUCCUGGGCUCCCGCUCUGGAAGGUUGCCUUGCUGUUUCAGGCUUCGACGGCGCCGUGCACGUCUACGACACGCGCAGCUGGGAUGGCAGCGGGGCCGAAGCGCGGCCCCUCUUUGUGCACCGAGGCCACGCGUUUGGGGGGCGCCCCACGGUGACGGCGCACGCUUGGCACCCCCAGAAACCCAGAACCCUGCUGUCGGCGGCCACCGACGGCUCCUUGCACAUCUGGGAUUGGGUUCAGCCUCCGGGGAGCUGAGGGCGGCUGCCGCUUUGGGGUUUUCCUGCCUGCGCUCCCAGGCCGCCCAUGGCCUGGAGGUGGUGACACGGAACGGGAAUUCCUUGGGCCAGUUCCUUGGCGAUGCUCUGCGCUCCCGUGUCUCGUUGGGAUGUGAGUUCUGACCGCCUUGUUUUGCUCUGUUCUCUUGUUCCCCCCUCCCAGCCGUCGUUCCGUCGCUUUCCGUCGGCCUCGCGAGUCUCGGAGGGGAAAAAAAAGUAAUUAAACGACCCCAAAAAACAA